AUGUUAGUCGAUACAGCUUAUACUAAACUCCCUCAGGUGGCUGCUGGGUUGCCUACAAACUACUACAACGACUUGUGGUGGAAGUCUCUGAGCAAAUCAAGACAGCAGAAGCUCAAGGCAAAACCUCCAAAAGCGUUGCCAUCCUUCGACCAUCUCCAGCGUAGUUGA